AAUAAAUAUAAAAUUUAGAAAAUGUCACAAGAACAGGAGAUGGAACUUACUGAGGAAGAAGAGGCCAAGUGCUGGGAAGCCUUCAGUGCCUUUGACAAAGACUCCUCAGGUGAGAUAGACGCAAAUGAACUCAGAAUUGUUUUGGAAAUGAUGGGUCAGAAAACUACUGAAGAGGAAAUAUUCAGGAUGAUAUCAGAAGCAGAUGCUGAAAAUACAGGCUUAAUAAAAUAUGACCAGUUUAAAAAGGUUAUCACAGAGCAGAAAAAGACACAGUCGUUAACUAAUGAAGAAGAUACUCUAGAUGCCUUUGUUUCUUUAGGAGGUGAGCCUGAUGGAAAUGGAACAAUUGACGCUCAAAAGUUAAUUCAAAUCAUCAAAUAUGAUUUCGAAAUGACUAUUGAUAUUGAAAAGCUGAUAGAAGAUAUUGAUGAUGAUGGCAACGGAACAAUCGAAUAUGAUGAAUUUAGAAAUCUCUUAUCCUCUAGCGAUUAAUAAUAUUUGCAAUAACUUA